GAAGUGUGACGGUUGCUAAGCUGCCGGUUGCUAGGCAACGGCGUCGCGUCUUCCUUGACUCUGCCGGCUCCGAAGAUGGGGGACUCGGAGGGCGAGGUGUUGAGGGGGACCUUCCCCAGCCUCAUGGCCGAAGGCACAAUGCUAAGCCGGCGCGGGGAGCUGGCUAAAGCUCUGGCUUGCUACACCUACGCUCUGCAGUUCCAGCCUGGAGACAGGAACUGUCUUGUUGCCCGUUCAAAAUGCUACCUGAGACUCGGAGAUACAGAAAAUGCCCUGAAGGAUGCAGAGGCUUCCUUGAUAAAUGACAAAGAGUUUACCAAGGGAUUAUACCAGAAAGCAGAGGCCUUAUACACCAUGGGAGACUUUGAAUUUGCCUUGGUCUUUUACCACCGAGGCUAUAAGCUCCGCCCAGAGGUGCAGAAAUUCAAGCUGGGCAUUCAGAAAUGCCAGGAGGCCAUUGAAAACUCUGUUGGAAGCCCUUCUUCUGUGAAACUGGAGAAUAGAGGGGACCUCUGCUUUCUCAGCCGCCAAGCAGAGAGUAAAAGAGCAAAACAGAAGAUUCAGGUCAAAUUUCUCAAAAAGGACUCAAAGUACCAAGCAAAACAGGAGCCUGUGAGGAAUGAGAAGACCGAACGGCAGCUCCUAGGGGAGCUUUAUGUUGACAAAGCUUUUCUGGAGAAACUGCUCAAGGAUGAAGACUUAAUCAAAAGCACCACAAAGCAAGGGAUAACUGUUGGAGACCUGAUCCAGGAAGGCCUUUCCUAUCUGGACACCCGCACAGAUUUCUGGCAGCAGCAGAAACCCAUAUAUGCUCGGAUUAGAGACCGCAAGCUCAUGCUGCAGAGGUGGACCCGAGAUCAAAAACGGAAGCCUCCUGAUGUAGCCAGAUACAUCUUAAAGAGCAUGGAGGACAUUGAUAUGUUGCUGACCAGUGGCUGCCCUGAAAGAAGCUGCCAGAAAGCUGAGCAAGUACUGAAAAAGAUCCAAGGGUGGUCUGAUGAAGAAAUCCCCAACAAGAGUGAGCUGGUUGGAAACCUCUACAGUUGUAUCGGAAACGCCCAGAUUGAGAUGGGGAACAUGGCUAUGGCUUUGCAGAGUCACCGAAUGGAUCUGGACGUUGCCAAAGAAAACAACCUGACUGAUGCCAUCUCCAGAGCCCUUGACAAUAUCGGCAGAGUUUUUGCCCGCAUGGGCAGCUUUCAGGACGCCAUUGACACGUGGGAAGAUAAAAUUCCACUUGUGAAGAGCAACCUGGAGAAGACUUGGUUGUUCCACGAAAUUGGCAGAUGCUACCUGGAGCUCAACAGAGCAGAGGAAGCUCGAGACUAUGGCGAGAGGUCCUUGCAGUGUGCAGAGGAAGAAGGAGACAUUGAGUGGCAGCUCAAUGCGGGCGUGUUGGUGGCACAAGCACAAGUGAAACUGGAGGAUUUCCAAUCAGCAGUCACGUACUUUGAGACAGCACUGGAGAAGGCAAAACGUAUCCAUAAUGAUGCGGCUCAACAUGCGAUCAUCAUUGCUCUGGACGAAGCCAACAAAGGGUUUAUCAAGGAGCUGAAAGAAGAGCAGAGACUUGAGAGGAUGCGUGAACUGAGAGAGCUAGAAGAGGAGGAGGAGGAGGAGGAGGAAGAAGACGACAAAGAAGACGAAGAAGAAGAAGGAAGGAAGGAAGAAGCAGAUGGUGCAAAAAUAGAUAAUGAGGAAGAGAAGAAAGCAACAGCAGGAGAAGAAAAAGAGAAGGAAGAGGCUGAAAAAAUUGAAACUGAAGGAGAGAAACAGGUAUUGGGUGCAGAGGGAGGAGAGACACUUGAGACUGAGGAGGAAAGGGAGAUGCAAGAGAUGGAGGGAGGACACACAGAAGCAGAAGCUGUGGAGGAAGGCAAGACAUCAGGAGAAACCGGGGAACAGGGAGAAGCUGAGAGAACAGAAGAUGAGGAAGACAUGGAAAAUCUGAGUAAGGACAUUCCAGGAUGAGGCCUGUGAAGGUUUGCCCUUAGGGACUCCUAGUUUGUAAUUCUGGGAGUGUCUUUUCCAUGGUGAUCCUUUCUCUCCACAAUACACUCCUGGUGCCCUGCAGGGCUUUUCAGAAAGAACCAGUUUGCUCCUGGGUAUCUUUAAGGGGAGGGUCCAAGUAUGUAGGAAAUUUUGUAAUGUCAAGUAUACCAUAAAAGCCCACUAUGUGUCUAGGUAAUUCAGAUCAAAGGAACUGUUUUGUCCAUUAAAGAUCCUUCAAACACCA